UCGACAGAUAUAAAGUUUUUGUAUCAGUUGAGUAAAAUACUUUGCGCGGGAGUGAACUGCUAAAAUUGCUUUUAGUCAUAAAAAUGUGUUAUUGUUUCGAAGUUUUGUAACAAAAAAAAUAAGUUAAAGUGAAUACCUACUGAAGAAUAAAAAUGGCAGCAACAGAAAAUGGAAAGAAGUUGGACACAGUUAGCAGAACCUCAACAGAAGCAAUUCCAGCCAAAGUAAAAUGGGACAGUCCAAUAGAGUUCAUUCUCGCAUGCUUAGGUUAUGCCGUGGGCCUCGGAAAUGUAUGGCGGUUUCCCUACCUCUGUUAUAGGAAUGGCGGUGGCGCCUUCCUGAUCCCUUUCUUCCUAAUGCUGGUAUUCAUCGGCCUUCCUUUGUUUUACCUCGAACUCUACAUCGGGCAGUACACGGGCUUAGGCCCUCUUCAGGCGUUCGCGGCCAUCGCCCCGGCCUUCAGUGGGCUCGGCUAUUGCACUGUGGUCAUCAUCUGCUAUGUCUGCAUCUACUUCAUGGUGAUCGUCGCCUGGAACCUGUUCUACACCAUCGUCUCUUUGACCGGGAACCUUGGCUGGGGCUCGUGCGAUAACUCGUUUAAUUCUGCAUUCUGCUACAGCGGGUCGUACGACAAAGACUGCCGCGUGAACAACACGGGUUCCUCCUCCGACCUGACCUUCUACCUGAAGACCUGCAUGAGCGUGGGCGACAUCUGCCUCAUGUCCGGCCGGGAGCCGCUGAACGGCACGCAUUGUGACCUGGACGGGGAGCCGGUCAACUGGUACUCGAAUAUUACGAGGGUGCUGGCUUCUGAGGAGUAUUAUAAUGAGCGCGUGCUGGGCCGCGGCGACGCCACGUGGGAGCAGUGGGGCGAGCUGCAGUGGCACCUCGUCGGCUGUCUCUUCGCCUCCUGGCUGAUCACGUUCUUCGUGGUUAUUAAAGGCGUCCAAUCAGCAGGCAAGGUGGUCUACUUCACGGCCCUCUUCCCCUACGUGAUGCUGACGGCGCUGCUGAUCCGCGGGGUCACGCUCGAGGGCGCCGGGACCGGCAUCAGCUUCUACCUCACCCCGGACUGGGGCACGCUGCUGGAGGCACGCGUAUGGGGGGAUGCUGCCUCGCAGAUAUUCUACUCGUUCGGCGUGGCGUGCGGCUCGCUCGUGACCCUCGCGUCCUACAACAACUACACCAACAACAGCCACUUCGACGCCAUCUUUGUUUCGUUCGCGAACUUCGCGACGUCUGUCUACGCCGGGUUCGCGAUCUUCUCCGUGCUGGGGUUCCAGGCGCUUCAGAUGGGCGUCAGCGUUGAUGACGUGACAGCGAGCGGGCCUGGUCUGGCCUUCGUGGUGUACCCGGAGGCGCUACUCCAAAUGCCGGUGCCGACGCUCUGGUCCAUCCUGUUCUUCUUCAUGCUCUUCAUCCUCGGGCUCGGCAGCCAGUUCGCCGGAGUGGAGUGUGUGAAUACCGCUAUUGCGGAUCGCUGGCCCGUGUUUCGGAAGCGGUAUUGGAUGGCGACGGCAAUAACAUGCACCGCGGGCUUCGUGCUGGGGCUGCCGAUGUGCUUCAGCGGCGGCGUGUACCUGUUCACGCUGUUCGACUGGAACACCGCCUCGUGGGCCAUACUCAUAGUCGGCGCUGCUGAGGCGAUAGCAGUCUCCUGGGCAUACGGCGUGGACCGCGCGCUGGAAGACCUGGCGACGAUGGGCAUGGCGCACGGCCGGCUCGUGCGCUGGUACUGGAAGUCAGUGUGGACUGUGUUCAUGCCGAUUGGUGGCUUGGGCGUGCUAGUCUUCGUGCUGAUAGAGUGGACCCCGCCAGCGUAUGAGGACUACAUCUUCCCGGCGUUCGCUGAUGCCAUUGGCUGGAUCAUUGGUGGCUCUACCAUCAUACUGCUGCCCGUCGGCCUCGCCUGGGCCUGGUACCACGGAUAUCGAGGCAAGUCCCUGUUCACCCCCACCCCUGCGUGGAAGUCAGCGCAGAAGCUGCUGUCAGCCGAGCGCUCCGGCUCCGUCAUCACCAUGGAUGCGCCCGCGCAGCCCGGCGAGUACGACAACAUGGGAUACAUCAUGUAGAGCCGGUCGGCUAGCACAGAGAAAAUCGGACGUUGACCUUUGCAUCUACGACCCAUCACAAUCUCUGCCGCCGGCCAUCAAGGUUACUGUGCGCGUCAGAGAGAGACAAAUAUAAAAAGGCCAAUAUCCGCUUUUCGCUGUGCUUAGCGACCGUGCUGUAGAUGUAGGAUUGGGGAUGUUUGUUAAAUAUAUGGAUGGAGAUGAAAGA